GGUGUGCUUUCUUCCAGUACCAGCCCUCUGAAUGGCGUACGUGUUAACUGGAAGAACCUUUUCCUGCAGUGAAUAUCAAGGCAAGCCUGUGAGAUACCCAGUGUUAGUAACUGGCCUACGUCCACUUGUCAGUUUAUUCAGUUCAGUUUGACUCCUUGCUCCUUAUGAGGAUGCUGCCUGCUGCAGAGGGAGUAGUGGGAACAGAGUUGCUUUGUGCUUUCACGUAGCUACAAUUAAAGAAAAGUGCUUAGGGGAAUGAUUGGUGACACAUUGUCCCAGAAGGAAAAUGUCUGUGCUUUUGUGAUACCUUUAGCUGCUUCGGUUCCUAUCUUUUCAUCUGGGGUCAGUGUGUCAGUCACACAAGCGAUUGAACGGUUGGAUGUGGGCGCUCUGUGUGUGGGUGAUUAUUGGAGCAUCAUGGGCCGAUAAUCUCAGUCUGUACUGCCCUCCGCUCUUGUCUUUUAGAAUGUCGUUCUCUCGGGAGGCUCGACAAUGUUCAGAGAUUUUGGACGGCGACUACAAAGAGAUUUAAAAAGAGUGGUGGAUGCCAGACUGAAACUGAGUGAAGAGCUGAGUGGUGGCAGGAUAAAGCCAAAGCCUGUGGAGGUGCAGGUGAUCACACAUCACAUGCAGCGCUAUGCCGUGUGGUUUGGAGGCUCCAUGCUGGCCUCAACUCCCGAGUUCUUUCAGGUCUGUCACACCAAGAAGGACUAUGAAGAGUAUGGCCCCAGCAUCUGCCGCCACAACCCUGUCUUCGGAGUCAUGUCUUAGUGUCUGCGUUGAAGCCACCGUUUGGCAGUGUCGUGCUGGGGAACAAGUGUCCUUCAGAGCCCAGAGAAGCCACGGCGCCUGUCCACACCUGUGUGGUGCUGGUGUCCUGCAGUGUGCUCACAUCGCCCAGUGCAUGGGACCCAGUGCAGCCUCCCUGUAAAGCCAUUAUCUGUGUGCAGCUGCUCUGUGUCCAUCCCCUCUUCCCCCAACCCCUGCCCAUGUCUCCUCUCUCUGUCUGAGCUUCUCCUCAACAAAUAUAAUUCUGAAGGAAUUAAACGCAACUUUUAAAACCAUUAGCGAAGAAAAGGUGCGAAAUGGUUCCCCCAGGAAGGAAUGUGGGGGGAACCUCGUCCUCCCAGCCUAUUUUUGUAAAUAAAAUGUUAUAAACUUGAAAUACAAAUCAAUGUUUAUAUUUCCUAUCAUUUUGUAUCUUACAGUAUUUGGUACAACUGGCUAAUACUAAGCACGGAUAGAUUUUGAUGUCAUGGAGUGCUGUAAUAAAAAGUUUUUAAAUGUGAGGCAUGUUCUGAUUUGUUUAUAGGCAAACAAAUAAAGCAGCAAACUUUUUGCCACACGUUUGCCAGAAAAUGAUUAUCCCUUUCUGGGGUGACAUGAAGUCUGAACACUAAACAGUGUUGUAUGAGAGUAUUUUAGGUAAGGUGUCUGUGAGUUUCUGUUUGAACUUUCUGGAGCUGUUUUAUAGAUGAUGGUGGUUUGAUGUUUGGUGCGUGCUAGA